UAAUGAAUGGCUGUGUAAACAAAAGGCAAGGAUCGCUGAGGUUCGCAGGUUGAUUUCGUCGCUACUGGAGUGUGUUUGACGACAUUGAGCAUCGCACGGAGGCCGCUUGUGAUUAUGCCAGUCGGUAGGGUCCAGAACACCUAGAGAAAUCUGACUCCCGUGACACAGCUCUGGCCCGAUAUCCUACGCCCUAGCAGCCUUGAUCGAAGAUCGGCUUCAUCCAGAGCUGGUCAGCACAGGCACAAGCGGAGUUCACAGUCUUUUUAUAGCUGCACCUGCCCGUAACACCCGAUUCGAUUGGCCAUAGCCAACGCAGGAGGCAACGGUAUUCAGCCGACGGUGGAGAGCGGAAUGGAAAAGUCAAGCAGCUGUGCAACGUGGGGUAACAACCAAACGUGGGGUACCGUUCUCAAGCCUGAUUCCGGUCUGGGAUACCAGAAGAUGACGGCCGAGGAGGUGGACGCAAUCAGCGAGCGCCUCCAUCAACCCAUCACACGUGCCGCGGAGAAAGAAAUCGAUCAGACCACGGUCAAGGGCGGACAAAAGCUCCCCGCCGAGGAGGUGGAGGCGCUGGUCGACCGUCUAAAGCAGACCAGCCCCGGCAAGGCGGUGUGUGACAGCAACAGAACGGGAGGGAUGAAGGAGAGUGGCGUUAUGAACACAUUCGCCUGGAAAGGAUGGAACUAACCUGCAUGGAUCAAGCGCCAAAGUCUUCGGAGAUAGAAGGUACACACGCAAGUGGAUAGUGGCAUAGACACAAUGCUACAUGUUGCUGGUUUCCUCGCUGCUCUUUACUCUAAUUUGGAAGUUGCCGGAAAAUGUCUAAAGCUGUCCAGUGUCAAGGGAAAUAUGUACAUGUAUGUACCAUUGAGUACGAAAGGUCCAGUGAAUCAUAUCGUGCCACUCCCUGGUGGACCCAGUUUGCUGUACUUGCAUGGAACAAUCAUAUCAAUUUACACAUGUUCUGUCUUGCAAGAUAAUGAUCUUUCUCGAGAUGCGAAUUUUUCACUGUACUACCUGUAGCCACCCCUUCUAUCCUUUAAAAGUCCGCCACCUAGGACUUACACUGGCUUCGGAUUGUAUGCGUGCGAUAUGGCCUAAAUUGCUAGCCUCCAGUCCAAAAAUCCACGGCAACAUACAUACAUGAUUGUAUACCAGCAUUUUCUCUGAACGGCAUAGAUAUCUAGACGCACACAUGCACAAUGCUACUGAUCGCUUUGUAGCCGCAUGGCUUCAUAAACUCUCAGCUUUCAGACUCAGGUCUGCACUGUUCUUUGUUAGUUGUACAUCAUGCACUCGUGACUUUUGAGUUCAAGUCGAUACCAUACUAUACCAUACCAUG